UUCCGACUUUCAUGCUAGCGGCCAGACUCAGGAUCCUAUCUGGACAACUCCGCUCAUACGCCCGGCCUGCUGGCAAGCCUGUACAUAUAUACAACGACUGGAAGCACAAGAAUAAACGCGACAUGGAGACCCCCACUACUAGUGCGCCAGGCGCCGCUCCCUUCGGUCUCAAAUCCCCCAGACCGAGGUCCCCCUCCCCGAAAUCACCCAAGAGCGCAUCGGAGAAGGAGCCUCCCGCAAAGAAACAGCGAAUCGAGAGCGCAGGCCCAAACAAGCGGACGUUCAAGGCGAACCCCAAGAACAGGAAGCAGAAGCGGAAGAACAAGGACGCUGCGCCCGAGCCGUGCUCCCCAGACGACGUCCUGCGGAGGGACAUCGCUGAUGUGCUAGGCGCGGAGACGGUGGAGGCUCUCGUCGCAGGGGAAACGGAGGCAGCACCACCGUUCGAGUUCAAGGAGGAGCUGGAGGCCACGGUGAGCAAACUGUCGUCUUCAGGCGACGGACUCGCAGUCGCACCCGCUCCGCGCGACAAGUGGGUGCUCGUCGUGCCGUUCUGCUUGCCCGGUGAGAAGGUCAAGGUUCGCGUCUACCGCCACGGCUGGCUGCACUCGCGCGCGGAUAUGCUCGAGGUUCUCGAGCCGAACGCGGAGAUGAGGGAUAUGAGCCGCGUGAAGUGCAAGUACUUCGCACAGUGCGCUGGAUGCCAGUACCAGGAGCUCUCAUACGAGAAGCAGCUCGAGCUCAAGCGGGACGUGGUCGUGAAGGCGUACAAGCACUACGCUGACGUCCCCUCCGAGUGGAUACCCGAGAUUGGGUCCACGAUGCCCUCCCCUGAGCAGUAUGGCUACCGCACGAAGAUCACCCCACAUUUCAAUGCGCCUCCGAAGGCCGCUCAGAGGGAGCCUCCGCCUGCAGGGGAGAAGCCCGAAUGGUUGAGGAUAGGCUUCAAUCGCGCGGGCACGCAGAACGUGAUGGAUAUCGAGGACUGCCCUAUCGCCACACCGAUAUUGCGAGAAACGUACGGGCCGAUGCGUGAGGAGAUUGAGAAAAACAUCAUGACGUACAAAAAAGGUGUAUCCCUCAUCCUCCGCGAUUCCCUCGACCCUGCCGACACCACAAACACUAAGCACAUUGCCGUGACAAGCCACAAGGGCAACGUCCGCGAGAUGGUCGGCGACAAGAUCUUCGAGUACCCCGCCCACUCCUUUUUCCAAAACAACAACGCCGUCCUCACCCCGCUCACCACCUACGUCCGGGACGCCCUCAUCCCCGAGUCAUCUUCCACCCCCUCGCUCCUCACCCACCUCGUCGACACGUACUGCGGCGCCGGGCUCUUCGCCAUCGCGCUCGCGCCGCACUUCGCGACCGUCGCCGGCAUCGAGCUCUCCGCCGAGUCCAUCAAGUCCGCGACGCGCAACGCCGAGCUGAACAGCCUCCCCGCGGACAAGUGCACCUUCCGCGCGGGCGACGCGGCGGACAUCUUCAGCGCCGUCAAGGACUUCCCGGCGGAGCGCACCGCCGUCGUGAUCGACCCGCCGCGCAAGGGGUGCGACGAGCCGUUCCUCAGGCAGCUCGUGCAGUUCCGGCCCGCGGCGGUGGUGUAUGUGAGCUGCAAUGUGCACACGCAGGCGAGGGACGUGGGCUGGGUGCUCCGGGAGAUGGAGAAGGUGGAGGGGAAGCGGUACCGGGUGGAGAGCGUGCGCGGGUUCGACCUGUUCCCGCAGACCGCGCACGUGGAGUCGGUGGCCGUGCUGAGGCUAGCGGAGUAAGGGGAUGGCGCCAAUCCGAGUCGACCACUUGGCCGAGUUGGGGCAUACGCCGACGAAGUAGACCAUCCCAUCCUAUCAUAGCCUAGCUUCCAUAUCAUAACUCAUCAACCUCAUUGCCGCUGAAUCGACCUUCCUCAUUCUCGCUGGGGGAGGAGGAAGUCCACUAUCCAGAUAUUGUGCUCGUCGGCUUCGUCGAUGAAGCAUAAUCGCCCGCUUGCGGCAUCAAGUGCGACGUUCUUGAGGACCCCGGACAGGCCAAGGGACGAGAAGAGCUGUGUAGCUACUACCACCGCGGG